GCUCCACAGCAUCCUCCGAAGCAGUGAUAGAGACUGGGUAGAGGGUGAAAGGAGGAGAAGCCCCUCUAAUAAAAUCAGAAGGAAGCCAGUAAUAUAAGGAUUCCACAGUGUUUUGCAAGGAAACAGUCAAGAUUCGAUGUUCGUGAAGCGUACUUCGGUUGUACAAUGUACAUGUAAAAAGAUACUCAUUUCCUGCAGACUGUAAUGCGUGAAUUUUUACGCGGUACAUUGUACUGCGCUCUGUGGUAUGGUAGUAUAGUAGCAGGAUUUUUAUUCAUCGCAUGUCCGCUCUUAUUAUUGCUGUUGUUCAGUCCACCGAAAUUCCGAAAAUGUGGAGAUCUUUUGUUUUCAUGUUGGGAACUUUACCCUACCGCUCUGUUAAAUAUGUUUGGUGUGAGAAUUUAUGUAUCUGGAGAUCAUAUAUCUCCUCACGAAUCGGCCGUGCUCGUGAUGAAUCAUAGAACAAGGGUGGAUUGGAAUUUCCUAUGGGCGGCAAUGUAUCAAGCAUGUAUGCCCCAUGUAAUUUGUCACAGAUUGAAAUUUAUCUUAAAGGAUCCUAUACGACACAUUCCUGGGCCAGGAUGGAUGAUGCAAAUGAAUGGUUUCCUUUAUAUAACCCGACGCUGGCAAGAAGAUCAGGGUCGAUUGUCGCGUACUCUUGAUUACCUGAUCGCAUUAGACAAUCGUACGCAGUUGCUGAUUUUUCCCGAAGGCACUGAUUUGACGAAGAGUAGCAAAGAAAAGUCAGACAAGUACGCCGCAGAGCAUUAUUUACCCCGACAUAAAUACACUCUGCAUCCGAAAACGACAGGCUUCGCUUAUUUGGUCCAACAUCUUCAGCGUGCGAGUUAUCUCGACGCCGUGUACGAUCUAACGAUAGCGUAUCCAGAUUACAUACCGCAAUCCGAAAUUGAUUUAAUCAGAGGUAAAUUUCCGGAUGAAGUACACUUUCACAUAAACCGAAUAUCAUCAGCGGAUAUACCAAAGCGCGAUUCGAACUUGAGAAAGUGGUUGGAGAACAGAUGGUCCGACAAGGAAAAGAUACUGAAUAGAUUUUACGAACAAAAAACAUUCUCCGCCGAAAUCUGGCCAAUGGCAAAACUGCUACCACUGCGAAUAGCGUUUAUAUUCUGGAGUAUAUUAACUGGAACAACAGUACUUUUGCUCAUCGUGUCUCCGCUCUUUCGAUUAUGGGCAUUGAUCAACGCGGCUUUUUUCAUCGGACUAUCGAUUUUCAGUACAGGCUUUAAUCAGAUCGAAAUAGGCUGGUAUUGGCGUUGGAAAAAUUAUCUUUUCCAAAAAACCAAAGUAGGAUAAAUACAUCCAACUUAAAAAUUUAUUUUAAAAAAUACAAUCUUUUUACUUCUUCCUCUCUUUUUCUGUGAUAAUGUUGUAUAUAAAAUCGUAAAAUUAGAAAAACAUAACUUAAAAACUUUUGCAAUAUCACACAUUUUACUGUAGUCGUAAUAUAAUGCACAUGUAUAAUUAGAUACAUCAUGUUCUCUUUCUCUUUCUCUCUCCUCUCUCUGUUUCUUUCUCUUUUAAGAAGAUAAAUUGAUAUCGUCUUCGCAGAGGAUGGGUAAUUGCAAAUUUGGAAUUUUAUGUUAAUAUGAGAGACAAGGAAGGGGAGGGGAGAGAUAGAUGGAUAGAUAGAUAGAGAGAGAAAGAGAGAGAGAGAAGUAUAUUUCUUACGAGAAAAAAAACUUCAUGUAAACAUCUAUAUAUUUGUAAAACAUUGUGUAAAAAUGAUACAGACCUUUUCUUAUAAAAACACAAUGCAUUUUAAAAGAUUUACUAUUUUUUACGGCAGGAAAUUUCUGUAACGUACGUAUAUACCGUAUAUUAUAUACGCUAAUUUAUAUUAGCCAAUUCUUAUAGAGAAUAUUCUUAUAAUAACAAAGUAUAUAUUUAUAUAUAUAAUCAAAAUUUUUUGAGAGAUUUUCUGUUAUACUCUAAUAC